GAAGGCGCCUGCGCGUCAAGCUACGCGGAGCGCAUGCUGGGAGGGGCAGGUUUUCAGGUCGCUCUCGCUGGCCCUCAGACGUUACGUAAUGUUGAAUUAAAGAAAAGACUUUAUCGGAAGAUGGCCACUGCACAAUUGCAGAGAACUUCCAUGAGUGCUUUGGUGUUUCCCAAUAAGAUAUCAACAGAGCAGCAGUCUUUGGUGUUGGUGAAGAGGCUCCUAGCAGUUUCAGUAUCCUGCAUCACAUAUUUGAGAGGAAUAUUUCCAGAAUGUGCUUAUGGAACAAGAUAUCUAGAUGAUCUUUGUGUCAAAAUUCUGAGAGAAGAUAAAAACUGUCCAGGAUCUACACAGUUAGUGAAAUGGAUGCUAGGAUGCUAUGAUGCUUUACAAAAAAAAUAUCUAAGGAUGGUUGUUCUAGCUGUGUACACCAAUCCAGAAGACCCUCAGACAAUUUCAGAAUGUUACCAGUUUAAAUUCAAGUACGCUAGUAAUGGACCAGUCAUGGACUUCAUAAGUAAAAACCAAAGCAGUGAAUCUAGUAUGUCGUCUGCUGACACCAAGAAAGCAAGUAUUCUCCUCAUUCGCAAGAUUUAUAUUCUAAUGCAAAAUCUGGGACCUUUACCUAAUGAUGUUUGUUUGACCAUGAAACUUUUUUACUAUGAUGAAGUUACACCCCCAGAUUACCAGCCUCCAGGUUUUAAGGAUGGUGAUUGUGAAGGAGUGAUAUUUGAAGGGGAGCCUAUGUACUUAAAUGUGGGAGAAGUCCCAACACCUUUUCACACCUUCAAAGUAAAAGUGACUACUGAGAAAGAACGAAUGGAAAAUAUUGAUUCAGCUAUAUUAUCACCAAAACAAUUAAAAACACCACUUCAAAAAAUUCUCAUGGACAAAGAUGAUGUAGCAGAUGAACAGGAGCAUUAUAUAAGUGAUGAUUUUGACGUUGAAACUAAAAUGGAAGAGCAGAAAAGAAACCUUGGAUCUUCUGAACUUGGAGAACCAAGUUUAGUUUGUGAGGAAGAUGAAAUUAUGAGGUCUAAAGAAAGUCUAGAUCUUUCAAUUUCUCAUUCUCAGGUUGAACAGUUAGUCAGUAAAACAUCUGAACUUGAUGUAUCUGAAAGCAAAACAAGAAGUGGAAAAAUCUUUCAGAAUAAAAUGGUCCUUUAUCACUUUGAUUCUUCUAGUCAAGAGUCAGUGCCCAAAAGAAGAAAGUUUAGUGAACCAAAGGAACAUAUAUAAAAAUUAUUUUUUUCUUCUGUAUGUUUUUGAAGUUCUCAACAUUUAAACUAAAGGACACGGUAUUACUAUUUUAACGUGUAUUUGACCUACCUGUGAAGAUUUAUAUGUAGUCUUAAGCAGUUAGUACACUAAAAUGAAUUUUUAGCUGAGUUUUAUAUUGUGAUUCUUAAUCUUAUCUGAGACAAUGUAAGAGACCUUUUGAAUAAAACCAAAAGUAAAUGUCAUAAUAAUUGAUUUUUCUCAUUAUCUACUCACUAUUGAUCUAUCUUCCAUUUUGGUGGAUACUUCCUUUAAAUAUAAACUUCUAAGGCCCUCUAGAGCCAAUUUAAAAACAAAUAAUGUUUAUUUUAUCAUUAAAUUUUGAUAGGAAUUUACUUUUUACUUAUGUUAAAAGUGUAACACUUAACUGUCCCUGGGUCAUUAAAACAAUGUUCUUCAGUACUUUGAUAGAGUGUAUUAACAUGGUAAUAUAUAACAUACCAUUAAAAACUGGUUAUUUAUCUUUUGUAACUUUUUUUUACUUCAAGACAAAAUGACUGAUUUUUAAGGUCUGGCAUUUUGCAACAUAAAUAAAAUAUUGUUCAACAUCUAGA